GUCACAGGCAAGGGCCGCCAUUUUGACUGAGCAACCCUAGUGACAGGAGCUAAAGCAGCAGCGCCGGUUGUCCCCGUUUCCCCUCCCCCUUCCCUUCUCCGGUUGACUUCCCGGGCCCCCUACACUCCACAGUCCUGGUCCCGCCAUGUCCCAGAAACAAGAAGAGGAGAACCCUGCGGAGGAGACCGGCGAGGAGAAGCAGGACACACAGGAGAAAGAAGGUAUUCUCCCUGAGAGAGCCGAGGAGGCAAAGCUAAAGGCCAAAUAUCCAAGCCUAGGACAAAAGCCUGGAGGCUCUGACUUCCUCAUGAAGAGACUCCAGAAAGGGCAAAAGUACUUUGACUCAGGAGACUACAACAUGGCCAAAGCCAAGAUGAAGAAUAAGCAGCUGCCAAGUGCAGGACCAGACAAGAACCUCGUGACUGGUGACCACAUCCCCACCCCACAGGAUCUUCCCCAGAGAAAGUCCUCGCUCGUCACCAGCAAGCUUGCGGGUGGCCAAGUUGAAUGAUGUUGCUCGGGGCUCCGCCAGAUCCUGAGACGCUGCCCUCCUGGGUCCUGUGCUGGCUCCUGCCCCUCCCUGCUUUUGCAGCCAGGGGUCAGGAGGUGGCUCGGGUGCGGGCUGGAGAGGCAGAAGCCCCUGCCCGUCGGUGUCCCAGCGCAUGGAGCCCCUUGGGCUGAGCACCAAGACCCUGAACCUUUUUUGUUUUACCUUUUUCCAAAUAACUGUUGGGAGAAAUCUCAGUGAAAUCCUGGAGGGGAUGGGAGGGGUGGGGGGUUGUGGGUGUAGUGUUUAAGAGGGUGGGGUGGGAAAUUUGUGGGGGAUAUGAAAUAGGGCUUGGAGUUGAUAAAAACAUUCCUGACUAUCCUUCCUAACCAUGUGGCUGGUGUGGGAUGGGUGUGAGGGGGAGGAAUGGCAUAGACUCCAGAUGAGGAGUUCUAAUUCAGCUCUGUAGAAAAAUGCCUUGUUUGCUUGGAUGUGGCUGGGGAUCUGGUGUCAGAUUUAAAAAAAAAAAAAACUGUCCAUCUAUAUAUGACAGAUGGAAACAGCUCCUCUGGUUCUGCAGAGCAAGCUGAGAACACAGUUAAUGUUAAUUGUUCACUGAAAAAAGUGCUGUCCUUGAAAUAGAUUUGCUGUGGGGAGAAGGGCAGUGAGCGUGGGGAAAGGGGGCCAUGAGCGUGGGGAGACCCACAGAGCCCAGGAGACUUUUUCAGUAUUUGAAAUAAAAAAAAAAAAAAAAGACGACAACCCACAAAAAAACACAACCCAGAAA